CGGGACCUAGUCGAGAAGAACAACGAAUAGCGUCGUCUCGUCCGCGUACGUUUUCUUUCCUCCUCUCCUCAUUGAUCGGAGCUGGUACUUCUAAAACUCUGUGAUUCUAUUCUGGGGCUAAUUAACGGAAGCAAUGGGAGGAAGUUCCCGGCAGUGUCUAGUGUGCAACGGAGUACAAUCCAAAUAUAAGUGCCCUGGUUGCCUUCUUCCUUACUGUUCUCUCCUCUGUUACAAGAAGCACAAAGAAAUCCCCUGUUCCAAGCCAGAAUCUGCUGAGGAAAAACCCACUGCUGUUCCAGAAUUUCAGCUAGAAAGGCCAGUAGAUGUUGAUGGACCAAGUGAGGUGUUGCAAAAACUGCAGCUAGAGGCUAUAGCUUCUUCCAGUGAAAUUCGUGAUGCUUUGAAAGAUGAACAUCUUCAGAAACUUAUCUGUGAUAUUGAUAAGUCCCCGGAUCCAAUUAAUGAACUUGACAAAGCUAUGGGAACAGAUGUAUUCUGCAUAUUUACAAAUAAGAUUUUAUCCGCUAUCAAACCAUAAAUGCAAAUUGUCACAGCAAAGGGAAGAUGCUUACCAGAAGGCUCAAUAUUCUACAGUAGUUCUGUGAAGCUCUCGACCUACUGCUUCAUUCUCUAUCAGUCUCCAACUUUUUCUGUAAUUUUAGAGAGGCCAACCACCCUUCCUUCUCCCACAUAUCAUCUUGCAGCCUGGUUUGGGUCAAAAGGUUCUUGACUUGAAAGUGUGAGGUAAAGUAAAUGCAAGAAAUAACAAGGGUAGGAACGAAUUCCAUGCAAUUUUUUUCCCUCAUCACCAAGUUUGUGCAGUCACAGUUUCUGAUGUAUCUUCAGAUUUCAAUGAAAAUGGCUGUGAUAACUUUCUCAGUUGUUAGUAUCAUGUUGUUUGCUUCUUGCGCUGAACUCUAAGCAGUCAGAAAAAGAAAAGAUUUCCUCAUGUUUCAUCCUUCCUUUCUUUGUAAGUAAUUUCCUAUUCCCCUUUGACCCAUGUUGAUGUUGGAUUGUUUGAAGAAAUCAAUCAUCCACAA